AUGAGGGAAGAAGAAGAGGACGAAGGAGGAGUUGGAGGAGUUGGAGGAGUUGGAGGAGAAAGACGAGGCAGAGAUGACACGGGAAAGACAUUCAAGAUCCAGCGAAGGAAAGUUGCAAGCUCCUCCACAAGCUCCGCUUCAUUUACUUCUCAGCACUUGAUGAACCAAGCUCAGAAGAUGAAAAACACCCGUAUUCACGAAAUGAAAAAGAAGAAGCGGGAUUUUGUCCAAAGAAUCAACUAUUCGCAUCUAUUCACCACCGUCAUCUUGCCGUUUUUGGCGCUAUGUUAUAUGAUAUAUUUUGAUGAAGGUAUACUACCGGCAAACCAAAAGACUCUCUAUUUCACAAUUAUUUAUUACAAUGUUUCCAUGCUUGCGUUUAGUGCCGGCUACCACAAAUACUUUGCCCACAACUCGUUCAAGAUCCGCUACGCAGCGUUGAAGUACAUUUUUGCCAUCUUUGGCUGUGCCUGUGGGUUGGGAUCGAUUCGAUGGUGGGCUGCUCUACAUCGGGCUCAUCACCGAUUCACUGAGGAUACAGAACGCGACCCGUACCUGAUAAAAAGGGGUUUUUUGUUUAGUCACUAUGGGUGGUUGUUGAAAAAGCCCAAGAUUACGAGGUUUUACGACGAGUUUAUCGAACAUGAGUUUCCAAUGAAACAGAGCCCUGUUGAUGUUGUGGAAAAUAAGGAGGACUCUACAGAUAACGAGGUUGUCGAGUUGAUGCCCCAGCUUGACGAUGGUAAUGACAAUGGCCGUGACAAUGAUAAUGAGUAUUCACCAGAUGAUACAACUAGCGAGAAUUACGAUGAAAGUUUGAGGACGUUGCUUAUUUGGCAGGAAAAACUGUACCUUUACUGGUUUGCAAUCACGACUUUUUUAAUACCGGCGGUAAUCACAAGAUUUGUUUGCGGCGAUACUAUAACCAACGGAAUAAUAUACCCUGGAAUACUACGGAUGUUUCUUUGCCAGCAGUCGCUCCUAAGCACAGAGUCCGUGUGUCAUUUGAAGCGCAUCCAGGUGACGAUUCCGACGCAACCUUUUAACGACAAAAACUCGUCUCAGAAUUGUCACAACCCAUUGGUGGCGUUGUUGACGUAUGGACAAGCUCACCAGAAUUUCCAUCAUGAGUUCCCGCACGAUUACAGAUGCAACAAUGGCGUCUUCACCUAUGACCCUACCAAGUGGCUCCUUUGGACGUUGGAGAAACUAGGCGUCGUUUAUGAGCUAUGUCGCACUCCCGAUAAUUUAGUAGCGCAUCUAUGCCUUCAGCAGCAGCAACGAGUCAUUAAUCGAGCCAAGAGCCAGUUGAAUUGGGGCACGCCAAUCUCGAAACUCCCGCUCAUUUCCCCAAAAGAUUUCAAAAACACCAUUGCGGCGUCUUCCAACAAGGACCGCAUCUACAUAGUGAUUCAGAAUAUCAUCCAUGACAUUACGCCGUUUAUGCACCAACAUCCCGGUGGAGUCCCGUUGUUGAAAGCUUCGCAUGGUAAAGAUGCUACGCAGGCUUUCUAUGGCGGUGUCUAUGGCCAUCUGACUGCCGCGACUAAUCUUUUAGCAACGAUGAGGAUCGGCAUAUUGGACACGGGCAAUGAUGAAGAAGUGUGGCGAAGAGUCGUCAAGGAGGAAGGCGAGGUUGCCGAGGCUCGCGAGUCUAGAAACGGACAAGCUCAAUACCGUACCGCCGAAGCAGCCUAG